AUGCUGCUGGAUGAAGCAAUACCCUUGAAUCCAAUAUCUCCAAUCUGCCAAAGCGAAAUCAACAUCCAAUCGUCAACUGGCAACGAGUACCUAAAUCCCGAUUCUGUAUUACAGUCUAGAAGACAGCAAGAAGAUCCAUUACAACGAAUCCAACAAAAUAAUGCACGCUGUUUGAUAUGGCAGAAAAACAACCUGCUCUUGACUCCAUUUUAUAAAUUGGAAGCAGACCCUACCUAUAAGCGAACGGAAAACGAAAAACUUAUUAGAGAGUAUCUUAAUGACUCAACAGCAGAGGAGGUAUGCAGGUUAUUACACAAUGUCAGGGAACAAAUUACCAGUACGAAUCAGACGAUAUCUAUACCUCACAAAAUGGCACCAUUUCCACGCAGUACAAAAGUAACCUACCACGAAAUCAUCAGCCACCUCGACUGGCCAUUCAUUUCAUGGCUUGAGGGUGAUAUCGAAGAACCGGAAUUACUCCUGCGAUACGAAUUACAGAACCACGCUCCACGCCCGGAAAAAACACGAUGCCCUUUAUGGAUUUUUGUUCUUCCCGCCAUCAUCCUGCUUUUGAUCUCAUUAAUUACGGGUUUUUGGUAUGUAUGUCAAGAACGGCAUUGUUUUGCUUGGCUUCAGAAUGGACCGACUGCAUGGCCAUAUCGGGAAAAGCGCAUUGAACUCAGCGGGGAUCGAGAAUACUUCUUUAAAAACAACGAAAACGGAUUUGUGGUAUUCGCCAAGAACACAACGGAUUCAACCUCGGAAAACGACGAAAACUUGGCCUAUAGCUUUGAAAUGGAUGAAUAUGAGCUACCAACGAGGGAGGAAAGCCAAAUUCUCGCUACCAAUUCGAAGCUUCGAUUUAAUGACUGCACCUUAAAUCCAUAUAAUGGUGAAAGGAAGACGAAUUGCUAUCUUUUCAAUGUCAACGAUGCAAAUAAGUCGCGAACCCCAAUUACAGGCCUAUUUUUGGGCGAUAAAUCGAUGCAUAAAGAGAAGCCACACUAUCUUCUGAAAGAUGGGAAAGAUUAUAAAGUUGUCAAAGUUGGCAAGCGGCAAAACCACGAGCUUCUAGGAGAGCUGAAACUACGUGAAAAUAUCGAACUGGUGGACAUGGUAGUUGACGACAUCGGUAAUGGGGUUGUUUUGGUAAAAGAAGCAGUGAAAGGGUUCCAACUUUGUAAUCUGACUCUUGCUGCGAAGUUGUACGUAAAAGGAGAGUGCGCCCCAGUUGGUCAGAUUCCUUGCCAUGCAAAUCAGUGUCGAUACGUUAUGAAGCGCUUCUGGGCUUCUUACUAUUUAUUCAUCUCGCAACCAGUGACACCUGGAAUUCUCACCUUGUCAGUAUACGAUCGUCAACAGCAAAAGCUUCUGCCAAAAACGAUGGCAACCACGCUUCACUCCACAAAUCCAUUGUUUAGAACCGAGAAUAACGGACUACAGUUAUGUUUCAUUGACGCUGGAACGUUGGUUUGCCGUGCAUCGACAAAUGAUUGGGGCCAGAUGGCUGUUGGU